AUGGGACGAGCAUUCCUCUUUGCCCCCCUGUUCGCCCUGUUCGUGGCUUUGCUGCCGCCCCCAAUUUUGUGUGUACCUCCAUUUAGCGCCCUUAAAAGCGUCGGGGGGAAACAAAACUUAAGUCACCCCACCCCCUUGGAGGACACCAGCAAGAAGGGCCUUCUCUUGAGAGAAAUAAAAUUGAAAAACCGAUUUAAAAAUGACAUAAAGGGGUUCAUAAAAAACGUGAGGUCGUUCCACGACAUCAUAGAGGACAGGACUCCAAACUCGUUGUUGUACGUGCAGGAGGACUUACUCAAUUUUCACAACAGCCAGUUUAUUGGGGACAUAGAGAUCGGCACUCCUCCUCAAAGUUUCAAGGUCGUGUUCGACACCGGGUCCAGCAACUUCGCCCUGCCCUCCACGAAAUGCGUCAAAGGAGGCUGCGUGUCCCACAAGAAAUUCAACCCCGACCAGUCCAGGACGUACACGCGGCAGUUAAAAGGCAAUAAGGAAUCCAUUUACACAUACAUCCAGGUCAGCUCCGAAUUUUUUGUCCUUGAGCACGGAUAUGAUGACGUCAAUUUAAAGGGACUGAGGAUCAAACAUCAGAGUGUCGGGCUAGCCAUAGAAGAGUCUUUACACCCCUUUUCGGAUUUGCCCUUCGAUGGGAUUGUUGGCCUGGGAUUUUCAGACCCGGACUUCAGCUUUCAAAAAGGAUACGGGACGUCCUUAAUAGAGACGAUAAAAAAGCAGAACCUGCUGAAAAGGAACAUUUUCUCCUUUUAUGUGCCAAAGAACUUGAAAGAGCCCGGAUCCAUUACGUUCGGACGAGCCAACAGUAAAUACGCCCUCGAAGGGAGGAAAAUUGAGUGGUUUCCCGUCAUAUCGAUUUAUUUCUGGGAAAUUAACCUGAUAGACGUACAACUCUCCGACAAUAAUUUAAACAUGUGCGAAAAUAGGAAAUGUAGAGCGGCCAUUGACACUGGGUCCAGUUUGCUAACCGGCCCAUCCAGCCUGAUGCAACCGCUGAUAGAAAAACUGUACCUGCAGAAGGACUGCUCAAAUAAGAGCAGCUUGCCAAAUAUUUCUUUUAUUUUAAAAAAUGUCGAAGGGAAGGAGGUGAAGUUCGAUUUUACGCCGGACGAUUACAUCCUGGAGGAAACUGACGAG